AAACCAGAGGCACCGCCCCCCUUGCGCCGCCGUUCCGAAAUCCGUUUGUUUCCCAACGUGCAAGAAAGAGAGAGAAGGCAGGAAGACCAGAGACUGCCAGCUUCACCUCCCAUUCCAAUCGCCAACUCGCCAUUGUUCCCCUCCCCACCACCGUCCUCGAGCGCUCACGAGCAUCAGGCUCCUCAAGUGUUAAGAUGGAUCCAAGCAAUGCUCAAUCUGAAGCUUCAGCCCCAUCUGUUCCAAAAAACCCUGCCAUGGCUUCAUGUCGGAAGAAGAAAACCGAUGAUGAUGUUACCUUCCUCGAAGAUCUGAAAGACCACAUCGAUGAGUUCAUUCAUGCAUCCAUGGAUGAACACAAGACCUGCUUUAAGAAGACAAUUCAGAAGAUGUUUGGGAUGUCAAAGGUUGUUGCAGAGCGAUCAGCCGCGGGGGCAAAGGAAGCUGAAGUUGAAAGUGCUCUGCCUCUUCAGACCAGUGUCUCGCAGUAGAAUGUAAUGGUGUGGUAAUCUGUUCCUCUGUGUUAUCUGCAACACCGAAGUGUCGGCAGUAUUAUGUUUUGGUUACUGGAUUCUAGUGUUUCAUUCUCCAAAGUUUGCUUUAUGAGUACAAGCAUGUCAUAAAACAGAUUUUAGACGAUAGGAGUGCAAGUUUGGGAUUGAAAUAUCGGUGCCUAUACUGGUUUCUGAUGUUGUAAUCAAGUUAAUUCAGGUUUGACUCGGUUUAACAGAAUUUGUGUGUGUUUGAUGCUUCCUAUUAUCUCUGACA